AUGGGCAGGGUCUUCCCCUGCAAUGGCACGGUAUGCUUUGUGAUGCUCCAUGGAACGUCCUCGUAUCGGCUGACGUCAGUCUCUGCUACUGGAUCUCGACUCGGUACGCUCAUGAAUCAACAGUCCCCAAAACCAGAGGACGUGAACCCUCACGGCGGCUGUUCAAUAACCAGCCACUUCUUCCGCGACGACGUCAUCAAAUACUGCUGCGGCACACCCAUCGGCAACGGCACGAACACAAACACUACCGUCUGUCCGGAGAAUAAAACUGACUUCUUCAUCGACGAUGCCAAGCCCGUUCUUGGCCACGCGAUGCUGGCGAACGUUACCUCGUUGUCGGCGUCGUCGAACAACGGGUCCAACGGUUCCGUGACAUGUCCCGUGUCGAGUCCGUGUCACGAAACUGCUGUCGGCACUGGUGUGGGUGUGUCUCUGGGGGUGGUUGCUUUGGGGGCGAUUGCUUGGGCGGUUUAUGAGCGAGUUAGGGCGAACCGGUUGAAGUCGUCCGCGGCGGUUAUGAGUCCCAAUAUGGGUAUGGGGCUUCCGACUGCUGGGUCGGCGCCGGGUUAUCAGGGGCAUACACUGCCGGUGGAGCUGGCCCAGGAUCGACAGGUGGUUGAGAUUAUGGAGAGGGAGAUUUGA